AUGUCAGAAGAACUUACGAUACCUCAGGUCGUUGACGACCUAACAGACAAACAAGAUUUACGUCGAACGCUAAAAGAUAUUGCUGCUGGGAUAUCCGGAGGUGUUGCGCAAGUUUUGGUCGGACAGCCUUUCGAUAUUACUAAAGUUCGGUUGCAGACCUCCACAACACAGACCUCUGCCAUCAAGGUAGUUCAGUCCUUGAUUAAAAACGAGGGAUUCAGAGGAUUUUACAAGGGCACAGUUACACCACUGAUAGGUGUUGGAGCUUGUGUUUCAUGCCAGUUUGGGGUAAACGAGGCAAUGAAGAGGUAUUUCCACAGAAAGAAUAAUUACUCCACCACUACGCUAGCGCUUAAAGAGUAUUAUGCUUGUGGUUUCGUCAGCGGAUGUGCCAAUGGUUUUUUGACAGCUCCAAUAGAGCAUGUGCGAAUACGCUUGCAGCUCCAGACCCAUUCAUUGACAACCGCCGAGUAUUCAGGGGCAGUGGACUGCAUCAAAAAGCUACUUGCAUCGGGUAAAAUUAUGCGUGGCCUUACUCCAACUCUGCUGAGAACUUCUCACGGAUUUGGCGUUUACUUUUCGACGUACGAGGCUCUCUUAGCAAGAGACGCCAAAAAGGGCGUUAAAAGGGUGGAUAUACCUUCCUGGAAGCUGUGUUCUUACGGUGCUCUUUCAGGGGCAUUACUAUGGAUCAUGGUAUAUCCUUUUGAUGUUAUCAAAUCUGUCAUGCAGUCGGAUAGUUUGUAUGCGCCCACUCGCGGGAAGAACGUUAUUCAGGUUGCCAGGCAUAUUUACGCCGAAAGAGGACUGAAAGCGUUUUUCAAAGGUUUCGGUCCAACAAUGCUAAGAUCUUUGCCUGUAAAUGGUGCUACAUUCACAACUUUCGAGCUUGCUAUGAGGUUGAUGGGCUGA